AGGGAAGGAUAUAUGGCAGUCAAUUCCACUGGAACCUGCUGCUGUUGCUGCGGCCAGUGCGUGAUCAGGACUAACCGCACGAUUUUCCAACGCGAAGAGGAAAUGUCACGCCCAAGCCUGGCAAAUAAAGGAUUUGUGUGUAACUGAACAUUUAUGAGGGAAUACGGUGUGGCUGCCAACGCGACGCACGCUCGGAAAGGCGUGAAAAAUAUCGGUGACGUUUCGCUGAAGUGUCAAUGAAACGGUGGCGAUCCAUAUCAAGUAAAAUAUCCGUUUCUGGACCACCGAACCGAGCCGCAUUCAACACAUCCAUGCUCUUUCAUGUGUGUGUAAAUUAGGUUUGCAUACACACCCGGUUUAUAGUGGGCUGACGGGACACCGCAUUAACGGGGACUCUUGUGGCUUUAGGGAGACUGACGCUGUUUUGAGACCUGUAGCUGCUUCGGGAACGUGAUUUGGGUCGCUUCUGCGGUUCUGUGUGUAUUUGCGGAGGAUGGGAGAGAUAAGAGAGUCCAUGCAGAAGAAGGUCUCGGGAAGACACGAUCAUCAAACUAUAGGGCAGUGAUGCCGGGCAUGGUUCUGUUUCGGCGACGCUGGUCAGUUGGCAGUGAUGACCUGGUGUUGCCGGCUUUCUUCCUGUUCAUACUACACUGCAUAUGGCUGGUGGUACUGUCCGUGGUUCUGUUUGGGCUGCCGUACAGUUCAGAGCAGUCAUGCUCAGUCACACUGGUGGAUCACGGUCGGGGUUACCUUGGCAUCCUGGUCAGCUGCCUGAUCUGCGAGAGCGCCAUCAUGUGGUUAAGCAUGAGAGGCAGCAUCCUGUACACACAGCCCAGAGAAGCAGUGCAGUACGUGCUUUAUAUACGGCUGGCCAUCCUGCUGGUGGAGCUGGUGUAUGCAGUGGUGGGCAUCACCUGGUUGGCGCAGUAUUACCAGCCUUGCUCUGACAUCACAGCCAAGAACCUCACCCUGGGAAUUGUGGCAUGUAACUGGUUGGUCAUCUUCAGCGUGUGUUUCACCAUGAUGUGUACCUUUGACCCCACUGGACGGACCUUUGUGAAGCUGAAAGCAACCCGCCGCCGUCAGCGUAACCUUACAACAUACACUCUCAGACACAGGCUAGAAGAGGGUCAAGCCAGCAGCUGGAGUAGGAGACUCAAGUUCUUCAUGUGCUGCACUAGAGCACAAGAUACACAAUCUGAUGCUUACUCGGAGGUGGCCAGCCUGUUUGCAGAGUUCUUCCGGGAUCUGGAUAUUGUGCCGAGUGACAUCAUCGCUGGUCUGGUGCUCCUCCGACAGAGACAAAGGGCGAAGAGAUCAGCCAUUUUGGAUCAGGCAAACAACGAUGUUUUAGCCUUUCUAUCUGGGAUGCCUGUUACUCGCAACACUAAAUACUUGGACCUCAAGAACUCGGCUGAGAUGGCCAUGUAUAAGGAAGUGUGUUACUACAUGUUGUUUGCCAUGGCGGCGUAUGGCUGGCCCAUGUAUCUCUUAAAAAAAACAGCAUGUGGAAUCUGCAGACUUGUCAGCACCUGCUCUUGUAAUGCGUCAGUUUCAGGGUCUCGUCUCUCUCAGUCAGUCACUGUUGAGGAGGAUAACUGCUGUGGUUGUAACGUUCUCGCCAUCCGACGGCAUUUUCUGGACCGAGAUCUUAAAGAAGUCCAAAUUGUCUACACAUCCUGCCAUGAUGCGGUUUAUGAGACGCCCUUCUUUGUGGCAGUGGAUCAUGCCAAGAAAAAAGUGGUAAUCAGCAUCAGAGGGACGUUGUCCCCCAAGGAUGCUUUAACGGAUCUCACUGGGGAUUCGGAGCGUUUGCCGUUAGAGGAACAGCAUGGAACAUGGCUUGGACAUAAGGGAAUGGUUUAUUCUGCUGAAUACAUAAAGAAGAAACUAGAGCAAGAGAUGAUUCUCUCUCAAGCAUUUGGGAGAGAUUUGGGUAAAGGAACGAUGCACUAUGGGCUGGUGAUUGUGGGUCACUCUCUGGGUGCCGGAACGGCCGCCAUCCUGUCCUUCCUCCUCCGGCCGCAGUAUCCUUCACUGUGCUGUUACGCAUACUCUCCUCCUGGUGGACUCCUCAGUGAGGAUGCGAUGGAGUACUCCAAAGACUUUGUCACUUCAGUCGUGCUGGGAAAAGACUUGGUCCCCAGGAUUGGCCUCUCUCAGCUUGAGGGUUUCCGUCGGCACCUACUUGAAGUCCUACAGAAGAGUGAGAAACCAAAGUGGAGAAUCAUUGCUGGCGGUACAAAGUGCAUCCCUAAAUCAGAGCUGCCCCUGGAUGAUGGUCCCCCUCUAUCUCAGGGCGUGACCCCCUCUAAUUCUCGCCUAUGUCUGCACCCCAGUGAUCUGAGCAUCGCCCUGUCUGCCUCCACCCCACUGUAUCCUCCGGGACGUGUCAUCCAUGUGGUGCACAACCACCCUCCUGAGACAUGUUGUGGCCAGGAAGAACCCACUUACUCUGCUCUGUGGGGGGACAACAAGGCCUUUGAUGAGGUCAUCAUUUCUUCAGCCAUGUUGAAUGAACACCUGCCCCAUGUGGUGAUGGAUGGCCUCAACAAGGUGCUGGAAACCCCAUUUUUCUUUUCAGAACUGAUUCCUUCUCAGGUUGGAAGCCAAAGAAAUAGCACCAGAGUGCGUUUUUCUGUCCUUGACACACUCCCAGACACACCUCUUGUUCCAGAUGAGUGUCUUGUGGUUCCAGAAGCUUGCUCUGUUCCUCUAACUUUCAAUGAAACGUCUUCUUUCCAACCGCAGUCUUCAGACACUUCAGCGCAGAGUUUAUUACUUACUAACACAGUCAAUCUGUUAAUGCCAACUUCCAAAAGUGUUACCGAGACAUCAAACACUCAAAACAUUAUCACAGGAACUCCCACUCCAAUUGCAUCACCUACAAUGUCUGUUUCUGAAGAUGCAUGUCUUAUUGGGUCAGAUGCAAUACUUUCUGAUUGGCCAGGAGACAUUACAUGUACCCUUCAGCAGUCAAAUAACACUUCAGUUCAUCAGUCCUUAGUUCCAGAAACAUCAGCAGGUCCAUCUCUGCCUGAUUCCCCAACACUUGUAAGCGAUAAUUCAAGAUCCAUAGAACCUGAAAAUGAUGCUCAAUCAAGCCUUACAUUGUCUGUGGUUGACCCCUCAAACUUACCAGCAUUAGAAACCGCCUCAUCGGUACAAGACUCAACAAUCCCACUACAUUCCACCCCCUUUUAUUCCGAAAUGUCAGAUUCUUCCUCUGAACUUCCACCAUCCUCUUUGAGUUAUAAUACGCACCCUGAGACUCCCUCUCAGUUUGUGAAGUUAAAUUCCUCAGCCCCCUCCAGUGGACGUAGUAUUCCAUCCCUAAAACCGACCAAGUCUUCCUCAGAGAUCCUGUUAAACCCUAGCCCAACUCUGUGGCCCAAUACCCCAUCUGAAGGCCCCCCAACAAGACUAAUGGCCAAAGGCUCUUCAACCCAGCUCUCCACAGAGAACCUUUCUCUGAAACCCCCAGUCUUUGAUAACAAAUCUUUAACCCCCUUGACGACAGACCAUUCUCAGACCGGACUUAGUUCCUCUACCGGCCCAUCUGAAGAGACUUCAACGGUUUUAACUCGUAACAAUUUGUUUAGGUCUUCUGUUGCCACAUGUUAUGUGUCAAAUAUCUGAAAAUACUUGCAUAGAUAUUUAUUGUCCAAUGUACAACCAAAUGCAUGUGCCUUCUUCCUUUGCAGCCAACAAUCUAUGUUCUUCAGUACCAGAAACCUUCCCCAGCUCGAGUUUUGAGCAUCUUAGGUGUUACCCUCUUUCUGCUGCUGUAUUUGCUGUACCUGGUCUCUCUAUCAAUCAAUUCUUCCUAAUUUCCUGUUUUGGUGUCUGGUUUAUAGCUUCAGCUCUUCGCAGCAGAAUCUUCUUCUCAGCCUCUCUCCCCCUAAAUGUGCCUUGAGUUGAUCAUCUCUUUGGUCCAGGAAAGAGCUGCUCUUACGCUCGUUGUCUUUCAUGCUUCAUGUUUGCUUGAGGAGGUUGCUUUAAACCGUGUGUCGGCUCUUGUGGUGGCAGCAGUUUUUGUUCACCCAGCUUGUUGCAUUUCUUUCAUUGCUGGUGGUGAUGCGGUAAAAGAGGUUGGUGAGGCAAACUUAAGACAAUUCUGCCUCAGAGUAGCAAGUUUAAAGGAAUGGUUCAGCCAAAAAUGCACAUUUUGUCAUGAUUCAUUCAUGUCGCUGACAGCAAACCUGAUGCAUCUUCACACAGCAAGUUGAAUUUGCAGUAGUAUAAAUAAUGUUUUAGAUCCCUGUCAAAAUGGCAUGAUUUUCAGUGAAAAACACACAUUUUGGUGAGUUCCUCACACAAAGAUAUCAUAUGACUUUAGAAUAUGUGGAAUAAAUGUUUACUUACUGGUCUGUGCCAAAAAAAAAUAAAUACAUUUCACUCUUCACUUAAAAUGUUUUUUUUUUAUUUUUAUUAUAGUUUUUUUGUACUGACUCUUACAGGAAAUGUUAAGUUUCUCAGCUUUGGUUUCUAGUGGUCUAUGUCAUCCUGCUGCUGGUUUUAUAAGCUCACAUUGAUUGAGGCUUGUGGAAAUGCUUGUGUUCAUAUGACUAAUGUUCUAAACCCGCACAACAUGGCUAACUUAUAUUUUAAGUAAACAGUUUUGUGUCUUGUGUAAUUUAUUACUUCAUUGUUAUUUGUUGUAUUAAUGCUUUUUUUUUUGGCAUGGUAAUUUUUUUUAUACAUUAUUUCAUUGCAUUCCAUUAACUGAUGUGAAUAUUGGCUCUCUUAUCAUUCAUAUUUAUAUGUUUAUGCAGAUUAAUUAAAAAAAAACAGCAUCUUCACUUUAUGGUUGAUUUGUAAAUUACUUUUUAACUUGGUUAUGUGUUUUGCCACUAGCACAACUUUGUUCUUGUUGACUUUCCUGGAGAAUAUUUUUUUUUUUUUUUUAUGUACAUAAUACAGGUAGACUGUGUACCUCUGCAGAUUUUAUAACUUAUUACAUAAACAUAUGUCAACUAAAUAUUGGCACUUUGUAGUAAAUAUGACAUUUGUAUUAUGCUUGAUUGCUCAAUAAUGCGAACAAAAAAUGAAUGGCUUGCAUCUGAACUGAAGGAGUAGUUUUUGUCAUUAUUUACUCACCUUUGUGUUACUUCAGACCUGGGAUACAAAAGGACAAUUUUCCAUUUAUAAUGAAGGGACACUAUCAGGUUGCAAAAAGGGCAGAAAACAACAUAAAAUCACCAUCAUAGUAGUAAAUAAUCAGUGAAUAAUGUUUCAUACACAAAGAUAUUGGAUGACUUCAGAAGACUAAUGAGUCAUGAGUCAUACUGUAUAUCUUGAAAUUGU